ACCUUUCCUGCGGCGAUCAGAUCAGCGAAGAUUGAGUUCAUCAAGGCUUGGAACGUAGCGGGUGAGUUGGUGAGUCCGAACAGCAUGACCCGCGGUUCGAAUAGACCUCGAUCGUGGACGGUAAACGCGGCCUUCCACUCGUCUCCCUCCUUGAUGCGGACGUUGUGGUAG